AUGACGAACUUUCAGAAAAACUCCAACGUGAGAUUACUUGAAUGUUCCGUCGACAGAGACGAGAUUAGGCGAAGCUUUUAUCGUUUUCUUGUCGAUGGAAGCCUCAUAAAAUACGUUAUCACGGCGCCGGGCACAUUUCUCUGCGAUCAUCAAGACCGUACUUUCGAGCCUGUCCUUCUUGGGACUCUCUUCCCCCAAUUCCCUCCCGUGGACUGGAAUAAUGGCCAUGUUGUUCGGGACCCCGCUACAGGCGAGCCUUCAUUUGUUAAGACCGAGACCGUGGAAUUUCCUGAAGUACAGACCUGCUGGCAUCCACUGAGGUUUAACGAGCUCGAUUUUACUCGCCAACAACAAUUGAGACAGGGAGUUCAUGUUUCGACGCACCCUGAUGUCAACGCUGGUAAACCUGUGCUAGUCAAAUUUGCUGUUUGGCCAUGGGAGGCUCAUUAUGCUGAAGCUGAAACUACAGCUUAUGAAUGGCUUCAGAACAUCGAGGUCGUGCCCAAAUUUCUUGGUCAUGUUACGAAGGCAAAGAUGGACGUGUUAUCGGAGUCAAGAGACAUCGAGGGAUGCGAAAAGGCUCUGAAGAAGCUACAUGAACUCAGUAUCAAGAUGGGUGAUACUAACAAGUUCAAUUUCCUGGUCCGCGAUGGUCGCGAUGUGAUGAUAGCUGAUUUAGAGGCAGCUGAGCAAGGAUGCUCGCAAGAAGAGCUCGAGGAGGAGAUGAAGGGUCUCAAAGCAUGUCUCGAAGACACUUCUUUCCUGGGUGGAGUGUAUAUUGUGAAAGAAUGA